ACUGCCAUAAAACCCAACGAAGAAGAAGAGGGGGGAGCAGGAAGAAGUGGAGUAGUAGUUGGUCUGCUCGGCAGGAGGCGGUUGUCACUGUCACUGGUCAGUUUCUUCACAUUAUUCAAACACCGCGUGUCCUUCAAUAUGACAAGAGGGAACCCAGGGACCAGGCUUGACCUGGAGUGGAUAUCCAAAGUGAGAGUGAACACACAGGCUGUUCUGAAGAGAGCUCAGCAAAUCCAAGGACAGAAGAUCCUCAAGAAACAGUGGCAGGCUGCCUGGCUGCUGAAGGCUGUAACAUGUAUUGACCUGACAACUCUGGCUGGAGAUGACACGCCAUCCAACGUCCAUCGGCUGUGUCUGAAGGCCAUCCAGCCAAUCAGAUACGAUCUGCUCAGGAAGAUGGAUAUGCACAAUAAAGGUGUUUCUACAGCAGCAGUGUGUGUGUAUCCAUCUCGUGUGGCUGAUGCUGUCAAAUCACUAAAAGCAGCCAACUCCAGCCUCCCUGUUGCCUCAGUGGCCACUGGUUUCCCAGCAGGUCAGACACCAUUAGAGACACGCUUACGGGAAGUCCGUAUGGCGGUGGCUGACGGUGCCACAGAGAUCGACAUUGUCAUCAACAGGACACUUGCCCUCACAGGACAGUGGGAAGCCAUGUACGAUGAGAUCCGUCAGUUUCGGGAGGCCUGUGGUGAUGCACACAUGAAAACCAUCCUGGCUAUUGGAGAGCUGGGCACCUUCACCAACGUCUAUAAGGCCAGCAUGGUGGCCAUGAUGGCUGGUUCAGACUUCAUCAAGACGUCCACAGGAAAGGAGGCCAUCAACGCCACCUACCCAGUUGCCAUAGUGAUGGUGAGAGCCAUCCGUAACUACUUCUUGUGUUCAGGCCACAAGGUGGGCUUUAAGCCAGCAGGGGGAAUCCGGACUGCUCAGGAGGCUCUGGUGUGGCUCACCCUGAUCAAAGAGGAGCUGGGCAAUGAUUGGCUCUGUCCUCACCUGUUCCGUCUGGGAGCCAGUAGCUUGUUGGCUGAUAUUGAGAGACAGAUCUAUCAUCAUGUGACUGGACAAUAUCCAGCCUAUCAUGAGCUGCCCAUGGCCUGAAGCUGAGCUGUGGACUUCCUGUUUUAAUGACCAAUCACAACCUCGGACACCAGCCUGUCAGUAUCUGUCCAGACAGCACACUGACUCAUCUAUUCUGUUAAAUCAAGUUUAAACAGUGCUCAUCAGUGUGGCUUUGUCACUCAGAUCUUAACAUUUUAACUUGAAAAUAAAAGAUAUUGAAUGUGAAAA